GUUGGGCAUCUCUCAUUACGACGUCUCAGCAAAUAUCCUAGCGUCGAAUUAUGUUUUGUUCAUUUGGACUUUGUAAUUGCAGACAGUGCGUAGUGGACAGGUGGAUAUGUUUUUAAAAAUACCCUGGCUAACAAAGAUGAGGAAAGUUGGGUAUUUGCUCAUGCUGAUGAUGCUGUCGCCGGUGUCCAGCUACUGUCCGCAGGAGAAGACCCACAGCCUCGGUCGCUGCGCCUACCACAUCGAAUGUAUGGAAAACAUCAGAGGUAUACACCUUCAUAAUGAGUGCCUUGAAUCCGCCAACUAUCCUGUCACCGUAGACCUUAAACUCACAAAUGCCAUCGAAAGAUUUGAUUACCGUAUCGAACAGGAUUUCUUAGGUUUCAUCACCUCUCUUACGAUAUCAGCGGAUUGGGCAGAAACAAGUCUCUCUCUCCUGCAAUACACGACUCGGCUUCAAAAACUAAUCUUAAGUAGCAAUAAUAUCGAAAAGAUAACAGGAAAGCCGUUUUACUUCCUCAAUAAUUUGGAAAGCCUGGAUCUAUCCAACAACCAGUUGACUAAUGUCGAUGAACUGUUUCAAUUCGAGCUCCAUCCAAACAAAUUAUUCAAGCUGUCACUAGCUUACAACCGUAUAGAAGAGCUACCUGGAGAUGUUUUCGAAGAGCUUACUUCAUUAAUCGAACUUGAUUUAUCAUACAACAAAAUAAAUAAUAUAAACGAAGAGCCCUUUUCGAAUCUAACUAGUUUGGAAACAUUGCGUUUGAACAACAACUUGAUUAAAAAUCUAAACGGAGCUGUAAACAAUCUGCAUAUUCUUAAAAAUUUGUAUUUGAGAGACAAUCAAAUACAAAAUAUUGAUGUUCAAUCACUUAAGAUCAUUACACAUUUGGAAACAUUCGACGUGUCUCGCAAUCAGUUAGAGAAAAUAAAUUCAAUUGUGUUCCUUAGGCACUGGAAGCAUCUUGGUGGCAAAAAGAUAUGUAAAAUUAUUUUGUCGGAUAACCACAUAAAUGUUCUCCCGAAUACUUCGAAGGAGAUAUCGGCGAGAUACACACGCAGCGCUCGCCCUUACAGCGUUGAUGUUCUCACGGAAGUAGAUUUGUCCAACAACGAAAUAAGUAACAUCGAAUACAACGCAUUCCAAUCGCUGUUUAAAAUGAUCUCUUUGGAUUUAUCAAGAAACAAAAUAAUCGAUUUCGUUGUCAACGCUGAUGAUUUGGAGCAUGUGAAAUAUUUGAAUUUGAGCGGCAACUACAUUGUACGGCUAUAUUUCGAAAGUUUUUCCGCUAUGAAAAAUUUGCAAAACUUGGAUUUGUCUCACAAUUAUUUGGAUUAUAUUCCGGAUCAGACUUUUACGAAUAACUAUAAUCUCAAGAAUGUAAAUAUGACCUAUAACGAAAUCGCCAUAAUUAAAAACCUGCACAUAAAAAUGUUCCACCCGGAAGGUGGAGUAUUGGAUUUGUCGAACAACGGUUUAAAUCAGCUAAAGAUACCCUUCGGUCAAGGACUACGUUUGACCAUCCUGAAGCUGCAUUCAAAUAAUAUAAGCAUUCCGUCUUUAAUUGAUUUGAUCCAUCAAAAUGAUUUAAUGACUUUAGACCUCAGCAAAAAUAUGAUUAUAGAAUUGAACAACACAUCUCUACGCUUGCCUGUCAACUUAUUAUCUUUGGAUCUGAGCUGCAACAUGAUAAGAACUAUAGGCCCAUCGACUUUCCAUCGAAUGGGACAUCUGAAGACGCUUCGCUUAUCUCGUAAUAAGCUCAGUACUAUAGAGUAUGGCGCAUUUCAAGGUUUGACCGUCCUGCAAAAUUUGGAUUUAUCAUUUAACGAGAUUAAGUUCUUGGAUUCAAAAUUACUGAUGGAUUUGAAACUACUCUCUGUCCUAUCUUUGAGAUCGAAUGGUAUGCUAUAUUUGAACUAUAAGAGUUGGUAUGGACACAAACAUGAUCUCAAGGUGUUUGUGGAUGGUAACUUUUUGACUUGUGAAUGGUUGGUGUCCGCUUUAAACAAUUUCAAUAAUGGGUUUUCUAAAAUGCGACCGGCCGCGUUAGUUGUACCUGCAUUAGGAAACUCUGUUGAGGGGAUUCCCUGUGUGUCAGAGAACAAGGAAAGUGAGAAAUUGACUGAUAUAAGUUCUAAAUCAUUGAUGGACGAUGACAGACUGUUGGUAACAAGCCAGAAAAUAUUAGAAGCAGUAAGGGAGCAGACUUAUUACCUAAGAAAGUAUUCACACAUUUGGCCCUCGAUCUUUAAGGACACAGAGAACGAACCAGACAAAAAAUGGUAAUAGUUAUUAUUGAGAAGGAAUGAUUAUUCAAGUUUCCAGUGAAUCUAUUAUUAUUUUAUAUUUUAGGUUUACAUAAAACCCUUUUUUAGAUUUUGUUUUUUGUGUAUCUUUUAUAUACUAUUAUAAUAUUGGUCUUAGAUUUAUAUGCAAAGAAGUCUUUAUUAAAAAGAUGGAUCAAUAAGGAAUAACUUUUUGUGACAGCGAUUUUGGAAUAAGCAUGGGAAUAUCUCCCUCAAAAAGCUUUGUGUUCAAAGAUUUUUGUUUUAGAUUUCUUUCAAAACUGUUCUAUUGAUAAAUUUGAAGAAAUCAAAUAUAUUUUCAACUAUAUUUCAGUUUUCAAUUAAUGGUUUAAAUAUGACAGCACAAAAUUUUGACUCUAGUUCUGAUUAUAAUCUAAUUAAUGUGUAUAAUCAUUGUAUUUUUUAACAUUAUGUAACUACAUAGUUUAAUGAAAAAUAAAAAGUAAAUACAAUUAUUUUUGUUUGUAUUAAAGAUAAAAAUAGUGUAGAAAAUAUAUGUUUUACACUUCUAAUCAAUGUAACCUAUAUGAUAUCACAUUGCGUAAAUUAAAUAUAAACAGAAUUUAUUAUAACCAUUCCACGGAAUUUAA